AUGUCGAAAUUCCUCGCUCACCUCCGUCGAUUCUUCCGGCCGCUCGGAGCACCAAUCUCACAUGGAGGAGCGAUAAACACAAAUUUCUCCAGGUUUCAGGAAGGCGAUACAGUGUUGAUAAACGGGAAGCACCCUAUAUUAACUAAGCCGCUGGGGAAGAACAAGCGGACUGGCGUCAGCCGUGGAUCUCUUGAGCACAAUGAUAUCAUCGGCAAACGGCCGCGAGAUAUAGUACAGGCACAAAAAGGCACGAGGAUUUACCCUGCAGAUGCCAAUUUAAUCGUGAACCUCUUAGACAUUCAUGCUCCCAACGCUUCGGGACAGGAGGAACCAAAUGAGCCCCUUGAAAUUCUGGAGGCAGGAACCGGCCAUGGAUCACUGACACUUCAUCUUUCUCGCGCGAUAAACGGUGCGAAUACCUGUCCACCACCAAUCCCAUCUCGCUCUCAACAGAAGGUUAUCCCUGAAGUUUCCACCGGUGACGAAACAGGCACUUCAAAGAGCAAGGAACAAGAAGUGUGGGACGCAUGGCGCGCAAACCGGCAAGCUAUCAUACAUACCGUGGAAAUAUCUUCGAAGCAUUCUUCCCAUGCUGAGAAAAUUGUUCGUGGGUUUCGACGCGGUAUGUAUGCCGGAAACGUCGAUUUUUACGUCGGAAGUGUAGAGAAUUGGAUCGAAGACCAAACUCGGCGUCGCGGUAAAGGGCUGUUUUCCCAAAAGGCUAAACCCUUUCUUUCGCACGCCAUCCUCGAUAUGCCGUCGGCGCAUUUACGGAUACCUCAUGUUACCCCCAUUCUCAAGGUUGAUGGGGCCCUUGCCGUGUUCAUGCCGAAUGUGACGCAAAUAGGAGACUGCGUUAAGCUUAUCAAAGAUCAACGAUUGCCAUUGGUUUUGGAAAAGGCAGUAGAGCUUGGGAUUGGUAUCAGCAGCGGCAGAACCUGGGAUAUCAGAUUGGUCUCGCGACGGCCAAGUGCAAUAAAAAACAAAGACCUAAACCAGGCAACGCGAACUGGGAAUGAAGAGACUGAGGAUAUAUCUGAAGAUGAAAGCCAAAGUAUCACCACUAAUGUGGCCGCCGAGGAACCACAGGCGGGCGACUCGGUUCUCGUCUGCAGGCCGAAAGUUGGAGAACGUAUUGUAGGAGGAGGCUUUGUAGGGUUAUGGAGAAGGAUCAGAGAAGAUUAG